CACUCGCCGAUAACGUCAGUUGACGCGAACUCCAGCCGGAAGUGAAGGAAAAAGCGCCUCAGCCCGCGGCGCCUGCGCAGAAGGCACUAGACGCUGUGAAGCAGGAGGCACUUGGGGACGUCCGCAGGAUUGGGACUGCUACAGAGGCCGCCACGGAGCCCACAGGAGCGACCGUGCCUACUGCUGCUGCCGCCGCUGCCCGAGUCGGAUCCGUCGGGCCGCAGCCGCCGGCAAUGCCGCGAAGGAAGAGAAAUGCAGGCAGUAGUUCAGAUGGAACCGAAGAUUCCGAUUUUUCUACAGAUCUCGAGCACACAGACAGUUCAGAAAGUGAUGGCACAUCUCGGCGAUCUGCCAGAGUCACCCGCUCCUCCGCCCGAUUGAGCCAGAGUUCCCAAGAUUCCAGCCCUGUUCGAAAUAUGCAAUCAUUUGGCACUGAGGAACCUGUUUAUUCUACAAGAAGAGUGACCAGGAGUCAGCAGCAACCUACCCCAGUGACUCCAAAAAAAUACCCCCUUCGGCAAACUCGUUCAUCUGGCUCAGAAACUGAACAAGUGGUUGACUUUUCAGAUAGAGAAACUAAAAACACAGCUGAUCAUGAUGAGUCUCCACCUCGAACUCCAACUGGAAAUGCACCUUCUUCUGAGUCUGACAUAGACAUCUCCAGCCCCAACGUGUCUCACGAUGAGAGCAUCGCCAAGGACAUGUCACUGAAAGACUCGGGUAGUGAUCUCUCUCACCGCCCCAAGCGGCGUCGCUUCCAUGAAAGCUACAAUUUCAAUAUGAAGUGCCCCACACCAGGCUGUAAUUCUCUAGGACAUCUUACAGGAAAACAUGAGAGACAUUUCUCCAUCUCAGGAUGCCCACUUUAUCAUAACCUCUCAGCUGAUGAAUGCAAGGUGAGAGCACAGAGCCGGGAUAAGCAGAUAGAAGAAAGGAUGCUGUCCCACAGGCAAGAUGACAACAACAGGCAUGCAACCAGGCACCAGGCACCCACAGAGAGGCAGCUUCGAUAUAAGGAAAAGGUGGCAGAACUCAGGAAGAAAAGGAAUUCUGGGCUGAGCAAAGAGCAGAAAGAGAAAUAUAUGGAACACAGGCAGACGUAUGGGAACACUAGGGAACCUCUCUUGGAAAACCUGACUAGCGAGUAUGACUUGGAUCUUUUCCGGAGAGCACAAGCCCGGGCUUCAGAAGAUUUGGAGAAGUUAAGGCUGCAAGGCCAAAUCACAGAAGGGAGUAACAUGAUAAAAACAAUUGCUUUUGGUCGCUAUGAACUUGAUACUUGGUACCAUUCACCUUAUCCUGAAGAAUAUGCACGACUGGGCCGUCUUUACAUGUGUGAGUUCUGUUUAAAAUACAUGAAGAGCCAAACGAUACUCCGCCGGCACAUGGCUAAGUGUGUGUGGAAACAUCCACCUGGUGAUGAGAUAUAUCGUAAAGGUUCCAUCUCCGUAUUUGAAGUGGAUGGCAAGAAAAACAAGAUCUACUGCCAAAACCUGUGCCUGUUGGCCAAGCUUUUUCUGGACCACAAGACACUAUAUUAUGAUGUGGAGCCCUUCCUGUUCUAUGUUAUGACAGAAGCAGACAACACUGGCUGUCACCUGAUUGGAUAUUUUUCCAAGGAAAAGAAUUCAUUUCUCAACUACAAUGUAUCCUGUAUCCUUACCAUGCCUCAGUACAUGAGACAGGGCUAUGGCAAGAUGCUCAUUGAUUUCAGUUAUUUGCUUUCUAAAGUGGAAGAAAAAGUUGGCUCCCCAGAACGUCCGCUCUCAGAUCUGGGUCUCAUUAGCUAUCGCAGUUACUGGAAAGAAGUGCUUCUCCGUUACCUGCAUAAUUUCCAGGGAAAAGAAAUUUCUAUCAAAGAAAUUAGCCAGGAAACAGCUGUGAAUCCUGUGGACAUUGUCAGCACUCUGCAAGCCCUUCAGAUGCUCAAAUACUGGAAAGGGAAACACCUAGUUUUAAAGAGACAGGACCUGAUAGAUGAGUGGAUAGCCAAAGAGGCCAAGAGAUCCAAUUCCAAUAAAACCAUGGAUCCAAGCUGUUUAAAAUGGACCCCUCCAAAGGGCACUUAAAGUGUCCUUUAUUACUCUGAGCCAGCGAACCCCAGCAGUAGGAAUCCGUGCCCUAGGGAUCUGUCUGUCAUUUCUGUUGCUCUUGUGAUUGGCAAGUACAGUAUCCUUUGGGAAGGUCAUCCCCCUCAGGACUGUCCUGGCUCCGACCUUUGUGUACACUGCAGACGCUGGUUCUGAGGAACUAUUGUUUCGGCCUCAGUGAGGUUGCCUGGAUGGGAUCUAUAUUAGACUUGAGUGCAGAUCCCUCAUAGCACUGACCCAAGGUGUUCUGUUUUGGUACUGUACCUGUCCAGUCACUGGUUCCCUCCUCAUGCUCUUUAGCCCCAUGAGGUUGUGUUGUGUCUUCUAAACUGUGUACUAGUGCUUCUUGCUGCCUGGUCACCAGACCUCCAAAUACGGUUGUCACUACCAGGACCUUUCCAGUUAUUUCUUACCUGUGUUUUAUUAGAAGGCAGGAAUGAGGUAACACUUCUGCGUGUGUAUGUACUGGGAGGGUUCUUUCUCUUUGGAAUUCAUCUCACUUAAACUGUAUUCCUCCAUUUUUGUGGAAAGCCCUAUUUUUGAUCAGUAUCUGGCUGACCAGAACCAAAUACUUUCAAAGACUUUUUCCCAGAGGGUAGUUUGAAUAACAAUACAUAAUCUUCUGAAGGAAGGAGAUGGAGAAUUAAGAGAUGGUGAUUCUGGAUUUUUUAUUUGAAUUCACCUGUAGGCAGUGUCUUGGUAAAAGGAAAUGAAUACUUUCUGCCCCACCAGUAGUAAGUGUUUUAUUCUUUCUUUACUCUCUGCUCCUUCUUACAUCUCCAGGUGCCAAAAUAAUUUCAGACCCUCCCCUUUUAUGCUGUAUGCUAACUGUGACACUGCAAAAAUCUUCCCACCAGAAUCAGUUUGACAUGGCAGACAUGUACUUCCACAUAAAUGCCAUUGAUUUUGUCUGAACAUUCUCAGAGAAGUUAAGUAACUUCAGUAUCUCACCCCAUGACUCAGGCAGAGGGGCCAGCCCUGCCAAGUUUUGCAUCUCUGUUCAGCCAUGCCUCACGUUCCCUCUAGGACUGCAGUGUUCAUGCCCUUCCAAGACCUUCUCCAUUUCCUUUUUGGGAUUUGCCACCACCAUCCUGUUCUGCUUUCCUAUUUUUGGUGUUCAAGUGAAGGAAGAGAUGUUCCCUCUAAUUUCUCCCUAGCCCACUAUAUAACCUGCUAUCUUGGGGCAGUUUUUGAUGUUUAACAUGUCACCCUUCCCAACUUGGUCUCCUUCGACAGUUUUGUCUUCAUGUGGAGCCCUCACCACAAUCCUGACUCUGGUCAUUUGUGCCUUUCUCUUGUCAUCUCUGUACACUACUUAUACUCACUGUGGGUUGGGGGAGCUAAUUUUAAGCAUGUUCAGUGGCAGCUCCCUGCCAGUUUCAGUGUCACUGUUACAAUUUAUCCAAAAGCAACUUCACUAGGGGUUUUCUUAAGGGGGAAAGGUCUUUUACAGAAGCUAAACCCUUCCUCACAUGUGGUAGAAUGUGCUGUUCUGUAUCUAUCCUUCAAUAAAGCAUGUUCUCUGCUCAA